GAUACAUAUUAUACCAGACAUACAGUCAUUCAUCUCAUUAUAUACUCGUUAUUAUAAUUAUAAUUAGUAUUGAAAUUCAGUAGUGAUUUGUGUCCACACUUUUGGUCAACACUUUUCACAACCAAUUCAUUGAAAACAAUACAUAAAACAGUGUUUUGUUUGAAUGGCUUAUCAAUGAAAAGCAUUCAUUCAGUCAUUUCUCAUUCAAUACUGUAUUAAAAGAGUCAAUUGAUGGCCGAUUUGGGGACACAAGUGGUAACCCUAUCGUCAUCCGGAAGUCAUUCAGCAAAUCAGCCGACAAUACGUCUGUCGCGAAACCUAUCGGUCGUCGACCACCGGUCGGCCAUCAGUCGGACGACGACCGCCGCCGCUAUCAACGAAUCAGAACCACUGUUGCCGUCGGUGUCGCACGAAACACAUUAUGUGCCGCUCCUGACCGCCGCCGGCAACACAUCCGCGGCCGCUGUCGACCACCAGUGCGAUCACCAAACGCCCGGUGGUGUCGACCGGCAGUCGUCCUCCUCUUCGCGCACCAAUCAUUGCAUACUCAGCGACGACAACACUAUCGCUGCGAUGACGGGCCCGUCGAUGGCGUCGACCACAACGGCCACAUUGCGGGCAACAGUGACCACAACGCUGACCGACUCACUCACGUCGAGCACGUCAUCGGCCAAAGAGCAC